UUUGGGCCGAACCACCCCAUGAAACCGCACCGGCUAUGUAUGACCCAUCAUCUCGUCCUAUCCUACGAUCUCCACAAAAAUAUGGAAAUUUAUCGGCCGCAUAAGGCGUAUCCGGUGGAGCUUGCGCAAUUCCAUUCAGCUGACUAUGUUGAGUUUCUGCACAGGACUACGCCCGACACCCAGCACUUGUUCUCGAAUGAAAUGGCAAGAUAUAAUCUUGGAGAAGAUUGCCCUGUAUUUGAUAACUUAUUUGAAUUUUGUCAAAUUUAUGCUAGCGGAACAAUAGAUGCUGCACGUAGGUUGAACAAUAAACUUUGUGAUAUUGCUAUCAAUUGGGCUGGUGGACUACACCAUGCCAAAAAGUGUGAGGUAUCCGGAUUUUGUUACAUCAAUGACUUGGUCUUGGGGAUCUUGGAGCUUCUAAAACAUCAUGCCCGAGUAUUGUAUAUUGACAUAGAUGUGCAUCACGGUGAUGGUGUAGAAGAAGCUUUCUAUUUUACUGAUAGGAAGUAGGAGAAAGAGAAGGCAAGUUUUAUGCCAUCAAUGUCCCACUAAAAGAUGGAAUUGAUGACGCUAGCUUCAGUAGACUUUUCAACACUAUUAUUUCUAAGGUUGUUGAGACAUAUCUACCAGGCGCGAUAGUUCUCCAGUGUGGAGCAGAUUCUCUUGCUGGAGACCGUUUGGGCUGCUUCAAUCUCUCCAUUGAUGGCCAUGCCGAAUGUGUUAAGUUUGUGAAGAAAUUUAAUAUACCCUUACUGGUAUGCUCUUUAACCGAUUGAACCUUGGCCACCUUUCAUCAAUGUCGUAUAUCUAGUGUACGGAGAAUGUUUUCUGUCUGAAGGUUACAGGAGGUGGGGGAUACACGAAAGAGAAUGUUGCUCGGUGUUGGAGUGUUGAAACUGGGGUUCUUCUUGAUUCAGAACUUCCCAAUGGUACUUUUAUCAAAUAACUCUUCAUUUUAAACUUUGUGUAGUGGAAACAGGAACUUUAUUAAAAU